GUGAAAGUAGGUCUGAGUGACAGCACAGCUGCAGUCGGGACAAGUCUCUCUGUUUCUCUCUACAGAAACAUUCAGCUGAAUCCAUCAGGUUUUUCUCAACAAAACAGCAGAAGCUCUGCCAAACACUGAGUGUAGAUAUGUCUGCUGCCAGCUGUCUGCUGACUGAAGAUCAGUUUCUGUGCUCCAUCUGUCUGGAUGUGUACACUGAUCCAGUCAGCACACCAUGUGGACACAACUUCUGUAAAACCUGCAUCACUGAACACUGGAAUAUUAAUGUCCCGUGUCAGUGUCCCAACUGUAAAGAGGUUUUCUCUACACGACCUGAGCUGCGGGUCAAUAUCUUCAUCUCUGCGAUGGCUGCUCAGUUCAGACAGUCAGCUCAACAGAAAGCCAGCAGCAGCUCAGAGCAACACGUUGCCAAACCAGGAGAAGUUCCCUGUGACGUCUGCACUGGAACCAAACUGAAGGCCCUGAAGUCCUGCCUGGUGUGUCUGGCCUCCUACUGUGAGACUCACCUGGAGCCUCAUCUGACAAUGUCAGGCCUGAAAAGACAUCAGCUGAUCGACGCCGUGGAGAACCUGGAAGGCAGGAUGUGUACGAAGCACGAUAAACUGCUGGAGCUGUUCUGUAAGACCGACCAGACGUGUGUCUGCAUGCUCUGCACUGUUUUAGACCACAAGACACACGAGUUUGUUCCUCUGAAAGAAGAAUAUGAAGAUAAGAAGGCCGAGCUGGAGAAGACAGAGGCUGAAACUCAGCAGUUGAUCCAGGAGAGACGACUGAAGAUUCAGGAGAUCAAACGCUCAGUGGAGCUCAGUAAGGAAGAUGCAGACAGAGAGAUAGCAGGUGGUGUUCAGGUCUUCACCGCUCUGAAGGAGUCUGUUGAGAGAAGCCAGGCCGAGCUCAUCGACACGAUCAGAGAGAAGCAGAGAAAGACAGAGAAACAGGCUGAAAGCUUCAUCCAAGAGCUGGAACAGGAAAUCUCUGAGCUGAAGAAGAGAAGCUCUGAGCUGGAGCAGCUCUCACGCUCUGAAGACCACCUCCACCUCCUCCAAAGCCUCCCGUCCCUGAACGCUGCUCCAGCCACCAAGGACUGGACAGAAGUCAGCGUCCGUCCACCUUCAUAUGAGGGGACUGUGGUGAGAGCUGUGAAUCAGCUGGAGGUGACGCUCAGUAAACAGAUGAAGAAGCUGUUUGAGGCCGAGCUGAAGAGGGUCCAGCAGUACGCAGUGGCUGUGACACUCGAUCCUGAUACAGCACAUCGUAAACUCAUCCUGUCUGAUGAUGAAAAACAAGUUAAACACGGUGAUGUAAAGAAGAAUCUCCCAGAUAAUCCAGAGAGAUUUGAUACUUGUGUUAAUGUCUUAGCAAAGCAGAGUUUCUCUUCAGGAAGAUUUUAUUACGAGGUUCAGGUUAAAGGGAAGACUGACUGGGAUUUAGGAGUGGUCAGAGAGUCCGUCAACAGGAAGGGACAAAUCGCAAUGAGUCCUCAGAAUGGUUACUGGAUGAUAUGUUUGAGGAAUGAAAAUAAGUACAAAGCUGCUGCUGGCCCUGCAGUCCGUCUCUCUCUGAAGUCUCAGCCUGAGACGGUGGGGGUGUUUGUGGAUUAUGAGGAGGGUCUGGUCUCCUUUCAUGACGCUGAUGCUGCAGCUCUGAUCUACUCCUUUACUGGCUGCUGCUUCACUGAGAAACUCUACCCAUUCUUCUGUCCUUGUCUUAAUGAUGGUGGUAAAAACUCUGCCCCUCUGAUCAUCUCUCCUGUCAGUCACUCUGAGUAGAACAACCAUUUAAUCUACAGAAAGAUUCACUAUCAUUUAAUAUAAUAAAUGUAUUUAUUGCUGAUGUACGCUGUAUACAUUGUUGUUUUUUCAUUCUUAGAUACAUUUGUUUCUUUUUUUUGUAAAUGUUUUUCUUUGAUGUGCCACAUUGCUACUUAUUACUACAACACACCAAUUUUACCUGAUUUAUUUCAUUUAAUGUCGUCUAAUUUAUAAAAAAUAAAUUUAAAAAAUAAACAAAAGCAAAAUCAAGUUUUUAUUGUGUCUGAUUAAGUUAUUGUUUUGGAUUGAUGUCAAAGCUGAAAAACAGCUGAUGGAGUUUCUAAUGGCCACCAAAUCACGUGAUUAAAAACACCAUCAGCUGUUCUCAGACUGACUUGAGCUGACGAGCUCCGACACCCCAUCACAUCUGAGGCAGUUGGUAGUGUGAGAUAAUGUAGUGUUGUUUAAGGUCUGAGGUGUGUUUGAGCAGCUGAUAUGAACACUAAACCAGUGCUGCUAGUUUGGAGAGAACAAGUGACAUCUGAGGACGCCCUCCAGUGGAGUUCAUAACAAACUGCAGCCUGUGGCCACAUGAGGACAUGCUCUUCAUAAAUAACUACACAGUCUGAUGCUGAAGCAGAUCACAUGAAUGCAGGAGCACAAUGAAAUCUGGGUCUAAUUGGUACAAGUACUCUGUCGAAUGUCUUUUUUUGUGUGUUUUGUAGUUUUUUGAGCUCAUUCUAAAAUCAGAAACUUUACUUUCACUUAAGAAGACUUUAAGUUAAAAGGUAUUGUACUUCAACUACUUAUAAUGAGAGAGACUCACAGAGAAGCCCAUUAAUCUACUGCCGUGGCCCAAUCAGAAGGAUUCUCCAUCUCAGUUCAAAACUCUGAUUUCCCUCCUUCUAAUGUAAUGUGAGAGAAAUCUUUCAGACAGAGAAAAGCUGCUCAGCACUUUGGAGAACAGCAGUGAAGUGCAGAGGGAUUAGUUGCUGUGAUGGAUCACAGACUGUUUGGAACAGAUACAUACUGACAUGGUUACAGUCACAAUGGCACAUUGGCAGAGGCAGGAAGUAACAAAGUGCAUUUACUUUGUAAACUUGGAAAGACUGCUUUUAAAUUGAAUGCACCUGACUCCUGGAACUAAAUGCAGCACCUCCUUAAAAUCAGUACACUUGUACCUCGCGGCCAGUUUAGAAACUUGAUCUUAAACCUCCAAACCUCUACUUGUAACUGGAUUUUAUUUUACAUUUUAAGUGAUCUAUCUCAACUGCAAACGGUAUUCAAUUUAUCUAUCAAAUUUAUCUUCCCUUAUCAGAAAGUUCCUAUUAGCUCAUUGUGGUAUUGCCUUUCUCUGUUAUUAUAUUUCUUUGUUGUUGUUUUCUUCUUUUCUUUGUUGUUGUAAUUG